UGUGCUGGAGUUCAGGGCCGGGGGCAGCCGCUGCUCCUGUCUGUGCAGUAAACACCAGUGGGGCCUGCGCGGUGUGUGUGGGUGCACUGGCUCAGGGCAUUUAAUCCCCCCUCUGCUAGUAUGGGUGAUCCACAUUAAGGGUCAGGGCUGCUGCUACUGCCGCCGCGGGUGUUGCUGCCGCCGACAAGGAUUAAAUGCCCCAGUGGACAGGGGAGUUACAGCUAUUGAGAUUCCACGUCAUUUGGCCUGGGAGGAGGGCUGACGUUCCGUGCACCAGGGACUUCCUUUCACUCAGCCAUGCAGGAGACUCCUGAGCUGGCCGGCUGCCUUCUCAAGUGGGAUCUGUCUUUCUGUCUGCUGAACGCUGCUGGCCAACAGCCCGUGUUUGACAACCUGUGCCCUUCAGCGCUCACGCUCUUGUAAGCUUCUGGAGUAUACGGAGAAGGCAUCUUUCCAUCCCAUCUGCCCGGGGUUCUUCCUGGAUCAUGGCUUCGGUGUGGAAAAGGCUGCAGCGUGUGGGAAAACAUGCCUCCAAGUUCCAGUUUGUGGCAUCGUACCAGGAACUCAUGGUGGAAUGCACCAAAAAAUGGCAGCCUGACAAGUUAGUAGUUGUGUGGACGAGAAGAAGCCGAAGGAAAUCGUCUAAGGCCCACAGCUGGCAGCCUGGAAUUAAAAACCCUUAUCGUGGGGUAGUGGUGUGGCCGGUCCCAGAGAAUGUUGAAAUCACUGUGACUCUCUUCAAGGAUCCUCAUGCAGAAGAGUUUGAAGACAAAGAAUGGACGUUUGUUAUAGAAAAUGAAUCUCUCUCUGGUCGUAGAAAAGCUCUCGCAACAAGCAAUAUUAAUAUGAAGCAGUACGCCAGCCCCAUGCCUACACAGACGGAUGUGAAGUUAAAAUUCAAACCUCUGUCGAAGAAGGUUGUAUCUGCAACUCUACAGUUCUCAUUAUCGUGCAUCUUCCUGAGAGAGGGCAAAGCCACGGAUGAAGAUAUGCAGAGCCUUGCAAGCCUGAUGAGCAUGAAACAAGCCGACAUAGGAAACCUGGAUGAUUUUGAAGAAGACAACGAAGAUGAUGAAGAGAACAGGGUGAACCAGGAGGAAAAAACUGCUAAAAUUACAGAAAUUGUAAACCAAUUGAAUGCCCUGAGCAACUUACACGAAGAUCAGGAUGACUGCGUAAAGCAACCAUAUUUGCCUUCAGCUAAAUCAUCCAGUCCCUGUGAAGAACUUAUAAAUAAGUUAAAUUUUUUGGAUGAAGAGGAGCAAGACUUGAUGAACACAAGCUCGAAUCCCUUCGAAUGUUCCGAUUCAACAGAAUUAAAUCCCUUUGGAGAUCCAGAUGCUGAAGAAGCACCAGUCGAGAAGGAGCAGUUAAAGCCUAAAUCGUUUGAAGAGUACAAUCCGUUUAAGGAAACUGAUCCCACAACUUAUUUAAACCCGUUUGAUGAGCCCGAUCCAGAACCUGAACCCACCAUAGAAGUUAGCAAAGACUCCCCGCCACAGCCAGGAAAGAGGAAAAAUGCCAGACCCGUGGACAUGACCAAAUAUCUCUACGCUGACAAAACCACACAGGACGAGGAUGAGCUCGAUGAAUCAAAUCCAUUUUAUGAACCAAAAGGCAGUCCUGAGAUAAGUCGAAUAAGGGCCAUAAAGGAAUCGGAACAAGAAAAAAAGAUGAAGAGGAAAGCGCCGGCGCCUCCUGUGCCAUCACCAAAGAGAGAAGAGCCAGCAAGUGCACCUUUAGCUGUACCUUCUGGGAAAGACUUGUCCUCUUCUCCCAAGCCAAGUCCAUUACCAAGUCCUACUCUCGGCCGACAAUCCAAUGCAAGCCAGUCACUGCUCGUUUGGUGUAAGGAGGUUACCAAGUCAUACAGAGGAGUUAAAAUUACCAAUUUUACCACAUCGUGGAGGAAUGGCCUGGCUUUUUGUGCUAUAUUACACCACUUCAGGCCAGAUCUGAUUGACUACAAGUCCCUCAAUCCUCAAGAUAUUAAAGAGAACAACAAAAAGGCAUAUGAUGGAUUUGCCAGCAUUGGAAUAUCAAGGUUACUGGAACCGUCGGAUAUGGUUUUGUUGGCUAUCCCAGACAAGCUGACCGUUAUGACUUACCUGUAUCAAAUCCGGGCGCACUUUAGUGGACAGGAGCUUAAUGUGGUUCAGAUUGAAGAGAACAGCAGCAAAAGCACAUAUAAAGUAGGCAGUUAUGAGACCGACACAAACAGCUCCAUAGAUCAAGAGAAGUUCUAUGCAGAGCUUGGUGAACUGAAUCAGGAGUCAGAGUCUGAACUACAGCAGGUCCAAACCACUCUGCCCGAUUUUGUUUCUGAUCAGGAUCCAAAGUCAGUAAAUGACAAUUGUGCCAGGGACAAUGAAAGCAAGAAGAAUCAUAUUGUUGAAUCUCCUAGCGUCGAACAUGACCUUCCAUCACCUAGGACUAAAAGUAACCUAGAAUUGCAAAGCACAAGUAGGACACUGGAAUCUGAGGACCCAAGGAGAUAUGACGGAGCAGACGUCGCUCAAACACAAAUCCAGCCGCAGGUGGCUAAAAGAAAAUUACUUAAAGCUGAUAUUCUAGACCUUAGUGAUUUGACUCGGGUAACAGAAUCUGAAAAAGAAGUUACCUCCAAAGCAACACUAUCUGUGGACGAUCAUUCGCCUAGUAAAUGCGAGCAGGCUAAGCCAGUCCUGUCGAGUCCUGUAGAAUGUAAUAGAUUGGGCAGCGAAACCCAAGAACAUAAAUCUAGUGUUCCCAUAACGUUGAAAGCUGCUGAUUUACAUGAAAAGCCUGGAGAUCUUCAAUACAGGCCUCCUUCUAUACCACAAACUGGGAUAAGUGCGAUUCUGGAUGCAACCAAGUCUUCGGUCAAUCAUGUUGAUCAAACCGCAAAGACCCCUGAGCAGCGAAUGCUCUCCCGACAGGAAGAACUGAAGGAGAGAGCGCGGGUCCUGCUCGAGCAAGCAAGGCGAGACGCAGCGCUGAAAGCAGCCAGCAAGCAACGCAACAGCACAGCCACUUCCACUCGCGCUAAGCAGCUAAGUGAGCAGCAAGAUGAAGAGCGACGCCGGCAGCUGAGAGAGAGAGCACGUCAACUCAUCGCAGAAGCUCGAUCCGGAGUGAAGAUGUCAGAACUUACCAGCUACGAGACGUCUGUAGAGAAGUUGAAAGAAAGGGCAAAGACAUCUGGAGCGGAAGAUGAUUUUAACAGAGCACUUACUAACGAGGAGGUUCCAGAUAACGCCUCCGAGUGUGGUGGCGCUGAACCCACUAAUAUAGACACUGAUCUUGCCGCUGGACAGAACAGCCAUUCCUUGGACCUGAAGUUGAAGAGACUUCUGGAGGCUCAGCCACAGGUGGCACACUCCUUGUCUAGUGCUGCUCAGAGGACAUCCCCUCAAAGCCCCGAUAGGGAGUUCAAGAACGGCACGGAGGAUGCGCCCUCCGAGAGGCUGCAGAAACAUCCUGAGCGCUUCAAAAACCCUGUGGUCUUUAAAGAUUCAACAGUCAGAAAAACACAGCUUCAGUCAUUCAGUCAGUAUGUGGAGACCAGACCAGAGAUGAAAAGGCAGAGAUCAAUGCAAGAGGACACAAAAAGAGGGAAUGAAGGAGCAGUGAUAACCGAAACCCAGAGGAAGCCCUCAGAAGAUGAAGUGCUAAAUAAAGGUUUCAAAGACACCAGUCAGUACGUAGUUGGAGAAUUGGCAGCACUAGAGAACGAGCAGAAUCAAAUUGACACCCGUGCCGCGCUGGUGGAGAAGCGCCUCCGCUAUCUCAUGGACACAGGCCGAAAUGCAGAAGAAGAAGAAGUGAUGAUGCAGGAAUGGUUCAUGCUGGUAAACAAGAAAAACGCUCUUAUCCGGCGGAUGAACCAGCUUUCUCUUCUGGAAAAAGAACAUGACCUAGAGAGACGAUUUGAACUGCUGAACAGAGAGUUACGGGCCAUGCUUGCUAUAGAAGACUGGCAGAAGACUGAAGCACAGAAGAGGAGGGAGCAGCUUUUACUGGAUGAACUGGUUAUACUGGUUAAUAAACGUGAUGCUUUGGUCAGAGAUUUGGAUGCCCAAGAAAAGCAAGCCGAAGAGGAAGAUGAACAUUUAGAAAGAACCUUGGAACAAAACAAAGGCAAGAUGGUCAAGAAAGAAGAGAAAUGCGUUGUCCAAUGACCGCCGAGGAAUGGCGUCUUUCCAUUCCCCGAGUCCCUCUGGACACCUUCGUUUACUAGGUGAUUGGCAGCCAGAGAGAGACGAUAAUUUCAACGUGCAAGAAAUGUCCUGAACAAAUGACACUGUUUCCUUAAAUGUUCUUGUUAGUUUUAUUAUCUGCAUUGUUUUUAACUUAAAAACUACAACUUCAGUGCAAAAGCAGCCUGCACUUUGGAAUGGGAGGUGGUGGAAUUAUUUUUUGCCGCUGUGUUUGUUCCUGGGAUCCCUCAUUCUUAUGGGACAUGCUUUUUACAGACCA